AUGAGUUCACGCAAUAAAAACACCAGUCGUAUUAUCCCCUUUUUGAUUGGGACAUUAGCAAGUUUUGCAGUAAAUUAUUAUUUAAAUAAUAAAAAAACUGUAGACGAAUUUAUAAAACAACAUGCCGAUAAAAUAUUAACAAAAUUUAUAAAAAAUUACAAGAGAAAACAAUCUGAAGAUGAUAGUAUCCCCAAUGAUUGCCCAGGUAUAGAUAGUGAAAAUGCUGGAAAGUCCCAAGCAUGUGAUGGUUGCCCAAAUAGAAAAAUUUGCAAUGACCCAGAAUUAAAAAAACAAAAAGAAAAUGAAAAAAAUCAAAUAUUUAAUGAAAUUCAAGAAAACUUAAAAAACGUUAAAUAUAAAAUACUUAUUUUAUCGGGGAAAGGUGGUGUAGGUAAAUCGACGAUUGCAUCCCAAUUAGCUUUUGCACUAUCACAUUUAAAUUAUGAUGUUGGUUUAUUAGAUAUUGACAUAUGUGGCCCAUCUAUACCUGUUCUAACAAAAACAAUUGAUAGUGAUGUAAAUUAUGGUAUAAAUGGCUGGAUCCCAAUUUACAAAAAUAAUUUAUCUAUUAUGUCUGUUGGAUAUUUAUUGCCUAAUUUUGAUGAUCCAGUAAUAUGGAGAGGCCCCAAAAAAAAUGGAUUAAUUAAACAAUUCUUAUGUGAUGUAUAUUGGAAAAAUUUAGACUUUUUAAUUAUUGAUACGCCACCUGGAACAAGUGAUGAACAUUUAACUAUAUGUUCAUAUUUAAAGGAUAAUUUAGAUGGUUGUUUAAUUGUUACUACUCCUCAUAUUUUGUCAAUAUAUGAUGUUAAAAAAGAAAUUGAAUUUUGUAAAAAAACUAAUAUUCCUAUUUUAGGGGUUAUUGAAAAUAUGUUUCAAUCAAUAUUCGUAUCAAAUUAUACUGUUCAAAAUAUGUGCUCUGAUAUGAAUGUAGAUUAUGCUGGCCAUGUUACUUUUGAUCAAAAUCUCAUUGAUGCUUGCCACCAAGGGAUAGGAUGUUGUGACAUAGAUAAAAAUAGUACUUCAUCUAAAGAAAUAUUCUCAAUAUGCAAAUUUUUAGCUCAAAAAAUAUACGCAAAAUAUUCAGAUCAAAUAGACCACAUUGAGCCUCAGCAAUUGACUACCGAUCAAACUCCUAUUGAUAAUACUGAUCAAAAUGAUAACAACAAUUUGAUUCAAGAAGAAAGUGAGAAUAAUCAAUUGAACGACCCACAGAAUAUCAUGACAGAAAAUAUAGAUUUAUCCAAAACUCAAGUACUCGAGAAAAUUAUACGUGAUGUUGUUUCAAUCGUUGAUGAAAAAUAA